CAUGAACAUAUGCAAAAAUUUCAAGUUCCUACGUCUGACUGGAUGUUGCAUGCGUAACUUUGCCGACAUCCGGCCUGAGCAGAAGCCAACUUACACACUGGAAAAAUUGGCCCACCGUGAGCUGAUUCGCGUCCAUGGGCCCGAGGUGCUCCCGUUUUUGCAAGGCCUGGUCACCAACGAUGUGUCCCACCUACAGCGACCGGAUGGCCCGUCGUCCAUAUACGCCAUGUUCCUGAACAAAGGGGGUCGUGUUCUAUACGACACGAUCGUAUAUCGUACAGAAAGCCCGGAUACGUAUCUUCUGGAGUGCGACCGAGAAGCUUCAGAAGAGUUCCGACGCCAUUUGCGCACCUUUCGCGUCCGCAGGAAGAUCGACGUGGAUUCGAUAGAUGAUGAGUACGUGCCCUGGGUCCUCUUCAAUACCGAGAAAUGUGGCGAGCAAGUGGGCGAAAAGUUGCAACGUAACAAAGAAUGGGAAUUGUUUAUCUCAUCCGAUCCCAGACUUCCAACGCUGGGCACUCGCAUUUUAGCUCCCACAGACUUCAAUGGCUUAUUGCGCGCUAAGGAGAUGAUUGUGACGCCCCCAUCAUCAGAGAGAAACUAUCAACUGCUGCGCUACAAGCAGGGUGUGGGCGAGGGCAGUGAGGAGCUGCCGCCUGGCAAGUGUUUUCCUCUGGAGGCAAACGCAGACUUUCUCAACGGCGUCAGUUUCAACAAGGGAUGCUAUGUGGGCCAGGAGCUCACCGCCCGCAUUCAUCACUCGGGUGUGAUUCGUAAACGCUAUAUGCCCAUACGUCUGACGGCUCCAUUGGGGGCCAAUCAGACGGUCCAGUCUAUAGCUGGGGCCAAUCUUGGCCGCGUCUUUGGACAUGCACAUAACCACGGCGUCGCCCUGCUGCGCAUUGAGCAGGUGCUCAACGGUCACCAGGAGCUGGUGGUCGAUGGCGAGCGCUGCUUUGCCGAACGUCCCGAUUGGUGGCCCAGUGACUUGCCAAGCAAGCGUCGCCAGGCCUUCACAGAUUGACCAAUACACGCUGAAUGCGUUUAAUUGUUUUUAGACUUAAGUGUUAUUUAUUCUAGUAAAGAUCAUGCUCCUUCCUUACUGUCAAA